ACCGGCACACGGGGACAGAUGUGGGUUCACGUGCCCAUUGGCUGGUGUGUCCACGAGCGUUUCUGCAAGUGCGCACCUGCUGACAUGAAUGCCUUGCGCUUUCUCUUUCAGCUGUCGAAGCUGCCCCAGAAUCAGCGGAAACAGCUCCUGCAGUUGCUUCAGUCGCAACCACCGUGACCUCCACACCAGAUACCUCUUCAACCUCAGUGGAAGUGACCUCUCCACCUGAUAUAUCUUCAGCCUCCACAGAAGUGGACCCGCCCUCUGACACAAGUCCCACUCGGGAAGAGGAGACCUCUUCACCAGCCAUACAUCUGAUUUCAACAAAAGCGACAUCAUCACCUGUUACAAUUUCAACUGGUGAAGACAUGAUCCCUUUGCCUGACCCUCCCCUGCGCCUGGCGGGCGGGCGCAGCCGCUGCGAGGGCCGGGUCGAGGUCCGCCACCAGGGCGCGUGGGGCACGGUGUGCGACGACCACUGGGACAUCAGGGACGCCCGCGUCGUGUGUCGCCUGCUGCGCUGCGGCCCCGCGCUCGCCGCCCCGGGGCGCGGCCGCUUCGGCCCGGGCUCGGGGCCCAUCCUGCUGGACGACGUGCGCUGCACGGGCACCGAGGACACGCUGGGCCGCUGCGGCCACUCGGGCUGGACGCGCCACAACUGUCGCCACCGGGAGGACGCGGGCGUGGUCUGCGCAGUUCCAGCCAUGCCUCCUGCUGUCGGCGGACCCACUGGCAAGGGCCUGGCUGCCUCUGCUGUACCCAAAGACAACGCCUGGCUCUCCUGCUUGCCUCACCUCUUCCAAGUCACCAUUGACCGAGGUUAUCUCCGGAGGCUGGGCUACUCCUCCUGGGACAUCCACUUAAAUGAUGAGCUGUGUCGUCCCCACGUCACAGGGCGCUAUCUGAUCUUCAACAUUCCCUAUGGUCACUGUGGCACCGUCAGACAGGAAAGUCUUGGCUCCCUCAGCUACUCCAACUCCAUCAGAAGCCGAACACGGGGCCACCCUGGCCGAGUCAUCGUGCGGCACAAGAUGCCUCAGCUGAAGUUCACCUGCAGGGCGGAUGGCCCAUCUGCAGUUGACAUCAGUCCCGGGGCUGACGUCCCAAGGGAGAGCGUCGGCUAUGAUGUGUCCAUAUCCUUCCUCGAGUCGCCCAUCAGCCUGGGGCCACACUAUGCCAGCCAGAGGAAAGCGGUCUUCCUCCAGGUCACACUCCAGAGCCCCGACCCCAGCCUGAGGCUCUUUGUGGAUACCUGUGUGGCUUCUCCAGAUCCCCGUGAUUUUACGACUGUCAAGUACGAUUUGAUCCGGCACGGGUGCAUCAAAGACAAAAGCUAUGUCAACCUCCACUCCCACCAGAAGAACACGGCCCAGUUCAAGUUCAACGCCUUCAACUUUCUCAGCAGCUAUGAUGUGGUGUAUCUGCAGUGUGAGGUCGCCGUGUGCAAAGUGGGGGACCAUUCCUCCCGCUGCUCCCAGGGCUGUGCAGAGCGGAGUAAGAGGGAUGUGGGCCCCACAGAGACCACAGAAGAGCGGACUGAGCAUUUCCAAGUGGUGGGGCCACUGGAAGUCCACAGAGGGACGGGUCGGAACAAGACCCUUGUUUGAUUUCUCCACUUUUCACAUGAUUCUGUUAUUAGAAAGCAAAGUCUAUUUCCCUUCCGCAAUGUAAUAAGUUUGAGAAAUCAGAAGUUGUCCACACAGCGACAGGUGAAACUGCUAAAGAAGUUCUCUCUGAAGUUUGUUGCUAAAUAAACCUUCUCUGAUUACUAAACUUC